AUGGAUAAAACAGUGGAAUUCUUGGCUUCUGAUUACUAUGAGGAGGUUGUGGGCAAUCCAGGUGUCUCUGGUGCUGAGUGUCGGAAUCUGGGUUUCACCAAAGGCCAGAAGGCUCGCUUUAAAGCUAGAGUCUCUCGUCUUCAUCGUGAACGAGAACAGCUGCUUGGUGACCAGGCGGAGACGGUUCGGGUUAAGAAACUGGAGAAACUGAUUGAACAGAAGAUUCUCGAUGAUACUCGCCAAGCGACGCUGCGUGCGGCCACUCGCUGGCUAGAUAUGGGUGAACAGAAUAACAAGUACUUCUAUGGUGUGAUCAAGGAUCGUGAGGCUCAACAGACAAUUCAAUCCUUGAAAAGGGCUAGUACAGGUGAAAGAUUGACGCAUAUGGGUGAAAUUCUUCAAGAAGCUCGAUCAUUCUAUCAAGUGCUGUGCACCCCGGAUGCCAUUGAUCUGGCGGCAGUGAACACUCUUUUGGAAAAAAUCCCUGAGGAUGCAAAGCUACAAGAUGCCGAGGCGGAUAGGCUCAUCGAACCACCCUCUAUAGACAGUGCCUUAGGGUUGAUUGACCAUACAACUAAGAACAAGUCUCCUGGUUUAGAUGGCCUUCCGUUCGAGGUCUAUCGAUAUUUGUGUGACAAAUUCCCUCCUGUUCUGCUUCUUCUACAACAAGCGUUGACUGACACACUGUGUUGUAUCUUCCCAGACUCCUGGAAACAGACGAGGAUGGUGCUUCUUUUCAAAAAGGAAGAUCCCGAGCUGCUCAAGAACUGA